ACUAAGUAAAAAUAUGAAGAAUUUCUCCAUUUAUUUUGUUGGUGGAUGUCAGUGUUUUCAUCUUGAGCAAUGGAAACACUAAUCUAGAAGUUUAUAUUUUCUAUCACUUAUUCUGAUGCUUUUCUUGUCAACCAUUAUAAUCUUAAGAAAGGUGAAAUAGUAGGGGCUGGGGAUUUAGCUCAGUGGUGCAGCUCCCAGCCUCACAUGUGCAAGGCUUCGAGUUCAGCCCCAGGUACUGAAAAACAAAAAACAAAAAGUGAACAGUUAAUUCAUUUUUCUGUGUUCAUAAACUUACCUGGCAAAGAUUUGAGUGCUGAUUUUGAAGUAACUGUCCUGCUAGGCACCAAGGAGAAGGGACAGAGGAAAUGGCCUCUGUCUUGAGAGUUGUCCAGGCUAGAGGAAGACAGAAGGGAAAAUGUCACAAGCCCGGUUCUAGGGGCUGGAGUAAUGGGGCACAGGCCAGGGACCCCAGUGCAGUGAAGGACGGGCAGUCUGAGUCAGCUGGGUGGGGAAGGAGAGAGGGAAACUUCAAGCAGAGGGAACAGAAAACCAAAGGCUCACAGGAGAAAACAAAAGUGGCCAGCUGGGUUUGGGCUCCUGUGUUAUGGCUAACAGCCAUUGUGGGGAGUCUGGAAAGAUGGGCCAGGAUCACAGGGAGGUCAGGAUGGAGCAUUCACACUACGGUGGGCUGGAGAGGACAGAACAGGAAAGUCACAUAUGAGCCCUGGUGAGCAGCUGCGUGUGGUGAGGAGCAAGGAGUCGUUCUUGGGCUGGAGGGGUGGCAGGCUGGAGGUGGGGAAGGACAUCAGUGUUGUGCGUGAUGACCAGGAGGUGUCUGGGAUGAGUAGGAGGCAGGUGCACCUCCAGGUUGGAGCUCAGGGGAUAGCACUGGCUGGAAGUAUAGAUCUGAGAGAUGGAGGAGCAAAAUUCAGGGAGCAAUGACAUUUGAAGUGUGGUGGAAGAAAGUUCUGCGGUGGAGGUGAGGAGCAGAAAGAUAAGUGGGUGACCGAGUCUCCAAAGGAGGAGAGGAGGUGAGGAAGGCAGGAGAGUGCAGAGGCUGAGAAAGAGCAGGGGAAGCAGGGGGACCUGUUUCUUGGGUGGGGCAGCUGGGGACCUGUGCCUGGUGGGAGGGUGUCAGGCUGCAGAAGGGACAUAGCACCGGAAGAGGGGUCACAAGGAGGACACAGAGAGGACAGCAGUCAGGAUGGCAAGGAGGUAGAACAAAUGUCUUAUUUUCAAAGCUACAGCAACAAGAAAGGAUAGAAUAUUAAAAGCAUCUUGCUUUUCAGAUCUGUUAGUAAGGAUGACAGCCAGGUUUACCGGCAGCUUGCCUCUGGCCAGGGACUAUUCUGAGCCGUAAAAUAUUGGUUCAUUUCAGCUUCUCAUGGUCCUGUAAAGCAGGUGUUAUUCUCAUCUCCACUUUACAGGUAAGGAAACUAACUUGCCCAAGCUCACAAGGGGACAAAGUGGCAAGUACCCAGCCAGGGUGGGGACAGAGGUGAGGAGAACUCUCUUCCUGAGGGGAAAAUCACCCGCAGAAGUGAAAAGGUCAAAAAGGUGUGAGAAGGAGGGAGGACAGCUGCGGGGGGGACACUUUGAGGGCUGAGAGGUGAAGGGUUCUGGCUGGUGGGAGUGGGGACCUCCUGAAUGCUCCAUUUGAGGUUGUGUGCUGGCCUGCAGCAGGAAUGAGGAAGAGCUGGGGAUUGUUUACUGCUCAAUUGUUCUACGACCAAGCUAGGAAGAAAGGUUUGGUCUUGUCUCAAAUCUUCACUGGAGUGCAUUUCGCAUUUAGAUUUAUUUGGUGUUUUUCAAAUCCUGAAGAGGGUUCUUCUGAGGUUUUCAGGUCAGUGGAUAUAACUGCUUUGCCUUCACAAACCAGAAAACACCCUUAAAAUUCUCUUGGAAUGGCACCUUAAAUCCUGCUAAGGAUCCAUGUGAAGCUUUCUUGCGUAUUUGUGAGAUUUAGGAUAUCAGCAUUCUGCAAAACAGAAUACGGAAGCGCCUUACUGGGCCUCGCCUGCUGUAGAGGAGGCUCCCGCCUCUUCACAGCUGCACUGUGUAUUUUGUGAUUUCCAUCCUCGGAGCCAUCAUAGUACCUCAUCGCACCCUGGCCAAGGAGUCUUGGAUGGGAAGAGCAGUGUGCUCUGCAGACACAUGUCCCAGCAUCCAAGGAUUUUGUUUUCUCAACUCCACGUAAACCAUAGUCUUUCAAACAUUGUUCAAUAUCCUGGACAUUUAACUGAAGUUAUGUCAUCACCUUCUCUACAUAUCUUCAGAUAUGUAGCAAGUUUCCGUUACGGUUUCUGUCUACAAGCCCUUCCCCUACAAAGCCUCAUGCGCUCAUAGGCGGGGCUUUUGCAAGAUGGGCUGUCAUCUCAAUGUGUGCUCACAGGACCUGUUCUUUGUGCACCUGCCGAGGGAGGGGCACUCAACCAACCAGACACCGGAAAACAAGUUUUGGUGCCAGAGCCUUCGGCGUGUUCUGAGGCUGCCUUGCUGGAGACAGGGCCAUGGACACAGUGCGGAUUGCUGUCAUUGGAGCGGGUGUGAUAGGGCUCUCCACUGCUGUGUGUAUUUCCCAGCUGGUCCCUCAAUGCUCCAUCACCAUCGUGUCAGACAAGUUUACUCCUCAUACAACCAGUGAUGUGGCCGCUGGGAUCCUUAUUCCUCAUGAGUAUCCAGAUACACCCAUUCUCACGCAGAAGCGCUGGUUCAGAGAGACCUUCGACCACCUGUCCUCACUUGCUAGCUCCGCUGAAGCGGUAGAUGCUGGUGUUCACCUGUUAUCUGGUUGGCAGAUAUUUCGGAGCAUUCCUACAGAGCAGGUGCCAUUCUGGGCUGACGUGGUUCUGGGAUUUCGAAAGAUGACUGAGGCUGAGCUGAAGAAAUUCCCCCAAUAUGUGUUUGGUCAUGCUUUCACUACUCUGAAAUGUGAAACCUCUGUCUACCUCCCGUGGUUGGAGAAAAGGCUGAAGAGCCAUGGAGGCCUGCUCCUCCGCAGGCGGAUAGAAGAUGUGUGGGAGCUCCAGCCAUCCUUCGACAUUGUGGUCAACUGUUCGGGCCUGGGAAGCCGAGAGCUUGUGGAAGACUCAGCCGUUUCCCCUACCAGCUUGUCUAGCAAUGGAACACAACCACUGUGGUGGAUGCUUCCAGUGGUCUCCUUGCUCUACCCAGGCUCCUCUCCUGGUAAACAUGGACGUGGUCAUCCAUGGUCAUCGGCGACCCAGACUGCCUCCUGCUCAUGCUCUGCUAAAUCAACGGUAUAGCUAUUGUGCUUGUGGUCCCUGAUGGCUGUAAGACUCUAGCCAUCACAUCCUCAUGCCCAUUCUCUCAAGGAAAAGGCCCAGAAGAUUCCCAUAACCAUUUUGCUUAUUUGUCAUUGCACAGGAGUUAGCCUCAGGGCUAUACCAAGAUUCAAGGGAAGCUGGAAAAUGUAUCUUUCAGCUUGGUGGCAAUAUAAAGGUUAAACAUUUCAGCACUACUGAAAAUGUCAAGCUAUAAAUUGAGUUAAACUAGUCAGAUGAAGAAUUUGUACUAAGGGAUUUUAUGAUCCCUUAAACCCUGUUAUCCUGGUGAUGGCAGGCUCUGGAGACGAGCACACUGCACCUGAUAGUUCAGAGAACUUACACAGAGGAAGCUAGGUAGGAGAGAGGAGGCAGAGAAAAGCAGAGACCAAAACCCAGCAAGGGGCUGUGCACAUCUAGGAAGUCAUCAAGAAUGGCCUCCAGCCCUAAUGCAGUCUGACCUGUUGUGCCAUCUGCCUACACCAUUAAUUCUGCACUCCAAAGAAUUUGUACAACAAAAAAUACGUUGCUUCAAUGAUGGGAAGGGAAUGGGAAGUGGAGAAUUUUAGAUUCCUAAAAAAAGUUUUUCUGUCUCCCUAUUCUCACUUUAGAAGGAAAGUGACUUUGAAAUGACCAAUCUGCUUUUAGUUCUUUUAUUUUUGCUCUCUUCAGCUGUUCUCUGUCUAUAAAACUGAUCUCUUCUGCCCAGUGCAUCCGAAUGCUUAUUUUAUUUCAUGGAAUGAAAUGUUGCCUGACUCUAGAAUAGAAAAUAAAGCUAAUUAAAACUAUUAAGCUAAAUUGGUGUAAGUUUGUUCUUUGACAGUAGCUAAAGAGUAAAAUCUAAACAUCACAGAGCAAAUCCAGCAUUUGGUGACUUCUGGUUUCGGUUUAAAAAUAUUUUCUUUUCUUUUCCCAUCACCAAAGUGAAAUGCUUUAUGUACUCUUAUAUUUUUAUCUCCUUUGUAUAGUUGUCAUCUAUUGCUAGGACAACCCAAGGCACAACUACAGAAAAAAGCCCCAGUGUUACUUUUGCAGCAGUGUUGUCUUAUAUAGUGCUACCUCCUGCACACUUUAUUAGUUCCUGGUCGUGAUCUUCCUAUAAUUGAUGGAGACCUCAUUAAUGCCGAUUUUGUUCUCUCAUAGAAUUGAGUUAUGGCCCAAACUUGUAUGCUAGAAG